CUCAACCACAAUAUCAAAUGCUCUAGAUUUCCUAAUUAUUAAAAGGAAAAAGUCAAACUUUAACUUUCUUAAAAGUAGGCCGAAUCUAAUUCGUAACCCUUAACCAGAAAACCGGAUAGGACGGAUUCUUAAAAGUUUGGCGUUUAUGUGGCAUUAGAAUUAAAAAUAUAUGUGGAGCUCACAUGAUCAUCUCUCUAAUCCUUCUUCCUCCUCUCUCUCUCUUAUCUCUCUCUUUUCUUUUCCCCUUCGGCCCUGGAGGCGGUGGGUAGGACGUUGACAGGUGCUGGAGCGGCGGCGGCGGCGAGCGGGUGAGGGCCAGAGCGGCAGCGGAGGGUGUGUCGGCCGAUUCCCCUUCCCUUUCUUGGCUCGCCGAAAUCCCUAAUCCCCAUGCCGCAUUUCACCUCUUCCCGCGCACAACCUCCGCAUCGCACGCGGCCGGCCUCUGCACGUUCGGCGAAGGCGGAUACAGCCGGAGCACCUCGUUUAGCAUGCACCCCAUCUUGGUGAGCUUUCCCAUCGCCGCCGCGUCCAUGGGGCCAGACCAACCGGUCACCUCCUCCACCUCCUCCCGCACCGCCGCCCGCCACUCCGGGUGCGUCGCCAGCAUCAGUAGCGUCCACGACAGCGCCAGCGCCGUCGUAAGCUUCCUCUCUGCGGCGGCGCUCGCCUCGUUCCCGGCCAGCAGCAGCCACAACAGGUCCGUCGUCGUCGUCUUCCUGCCGCCGCCUUCACACCGCCGCCGCGACUCGAUGAUGUCGAGCAGGAGCGCGUCGAUCUUGCGGCCCAGCUUCCACGCCUCGUAGGUGGCGCGGUCCGCGCGGAUAUGGAGGAGGCUGGCGAGCGGGACGCUGACGAGACGCACGCGUGGAGCGGAACAGCAUCGCCUGCAGCUUUGUGGAAGACCGUGGCGUCGUCGGCGGCGAUGCUGAAGCUGGCCUUGGCGAUGAUCUCGGCGGCGUUCCGGACAACGCCCUUCUCGAUGUCGAUGCAGCUGUGUCCCAACGCCACUAUGUCGCUCCACUCGCCGAGCAUCUUCGACGUCGUCUCCUCCAUCACGCCGAUCAUGUCCUGCAUCAUCAACAACAGAAGAAAAAAGAAAAGAAAAGGAAAAGGAAAAGUUCUGGGACUCACUCCUACUUGUGGGUGGUCGUGCUGUACUCCAGUCCCCGCUUCACUCCACUCGCCGUCACCCCCCACCUUGACCUCCGCUUCGAAUUCGAAUUCGAAUCCGAUGGAUUCGAUUCGCCGUCGAUCUGCCGGAGGCAUCCUCGGCAUCCUCUUUCUGGUGCUGCUCCGGUGGGCGGGGGCGGGGGAUCCCUAUGCCUACUACGAGUGGGAGGUAUCGUACGUGUGGGGUGCGCCGCUGGGCGGAGUGAAGAAGCAGGAGGCGAUUGGCAUCAACGGGCAGCUGCCGGGGCCGGCGCUGAACGUGACGACCAACUGGAACCUGGUGGUGAACGUGAGGAACGGCCUGGACGAGCCGCUGCUGCUGACGUGGCACGGGGUGCAGCAGCGCAAGAGCCCCUGGCAGGACGGCGUGGGCGGCACAAACUGCGGCAUCCCGCCGGGGUGGAACUGGACGUACCAGUUCCAGGUGAAGGACCAGGUCGGCAGCUUCUUCUACGCCCCCUCCACCGCCCUCCACCGCGCCGCCGGCGGCUACGGCGCCAUCACCAUCAACAACCGCGACGUCAUCCCCUUGCCCUUCCCCCUCCCCGACGGCGGCGACAUCACCCUCUUCCUCGCCGACUGGUACGCCAGGGACCACAGGGCCCUGCGCCGCGCCCUCGACGCCGGCGACCCCCUCGGCCCCCCCGACGGGGUGCUCAUCAACGCCCUCGGCCCCUACCGCUACAACGACACCCUCGUCCCGCCGGGCGUCACCUACGAGCGCAUCAAUGUCGACCCGGGGAGGACCUACCGCCUGCGCGUCCACAACGUCGGCGUCGCCACCAGCCUCAAUUUCAGAAUCCAGGGCCACAACCUGCUGCUCGUCGAGGCCGAGGGCUCCUACACUUCACAGCAGAACUACACCAACAUGGACAUCCAUGUCGGCCAGUCCUACUCCUUCCUUCUCACCAUGGACCAGAACGCCUCCACCGACUACUACGUCGUCGCCAGCGCCCGUUUCGUCCCCGACGCCGACAAGCUCACCGGCGUCGCCAUCCUCCACUACUCCAACUCCCAGGGCCCGCCCUCUGGCUCUCUCCCUGAUGCCCCAGAUGACCAGUACGACACCGCUUUCUCCAUCAACCAAGCAAGAUCAAUCAGAUGGAAUGUUACAGCCAGUGGUGCCCGCCCCAAUCCGCAGGGCUCAUUCCAUUACGGCGACAUUACCGUCACCGAUGUGUACCUGCUGCAGAGCAUGCCACCGGAGCUCAUAGACGGCCAGAUGCGUGCUACUCUCAAUGGAAUUUCUUAUAUUGCUCCAUCGACUCCUUUGAUGCUCGCUCAGCUCUUUAAUGUCCCGGGAGUCUACAAACUGGAUUUUCCUAAUCGUCCUAUGAACAGGUUACCAAAGCUUGACACCUCCAUUAUCAAUGGCACCUACAAAGGCUUUAUGGAGAUCAUAUUCCAAAACAACGCCACAUCCGUGCAGAGCUACCACUUGGAUGGAUAUGCAUUCUUUGUUGUUGGGAUGGACUAUGGACUGUGGACAGACAACAGCCGCGGUACAUACAACAAAUGGGAUGGCGUUGCACGCUCCACAAUUCAGGUAUUCCCUGGCGCUUGGACGGCUGUCCUUGUCUUUCUUGACAAUGCGGGUAUAUGGAAUCUGCGGGUGGAGAACCUGGACGCCUGGUACCUGGGGCAAGAAGUGUACAUCAGUGUGGUUAACCCGGAGGAUAGCAGCAACAAGACCGUGCUUCCUCUUCCCGACAACGCGAUUUUCUGUGGUGCGCUGUCAAGUUUACAAAAGGAGCAAUCGCAUAGAUUCCAAUACUCAGAAGCUUCUCAGAUAACGCAGCUGUGGAAGAUGGUUUUCUUCAUGGCAUGGUUGGCCCUUUGGUAGAGCUUAAUUAGAUCUGUCUGCUGGGGUGAUCCGGAGACGAGAGAGCUCAGAGCUGGUCCCAAACAUGGAUGAGCUCUCAGCUCAAGUUAGUAGGGUGGUGAAUUUUGUCAGAUUCGAAUUGGUUAGAUUGGACUUGAGUGAUGAUCCUGUCUGGGAAGGGCAAAGAGUAGGAGGAAGCAUUGGGAAGGCAUACACACGCUUGACUUGAUUUGGCUUGAAGUCGAGCUAGCAGGUUGCUCAUUAGCCGUUGUGUGAUAUCUGAAGAUCAACUUACUACCCAAACCUAGACUCACAGAAACCAAUUGAUUGAUAUGGAUUAAGACCUGAAGCUUCUUGGGUUUUCCUAAGUAAUCCAUUUGUUGGUGGUUACGGUAUCCUUUUUCUUGUAUUGACAGCAAGCAGAAAGUUGUUUUAAAAGAACAGCAGGCAGAAAGAAAAUAAUUAUGGUAGUUGGGCCUAACUGAA